AUUAAUAAGUCAUACAAAAACAUGAGCGAUUAGGAGUCGGUGUGCAUAGGUUGAAACCUGGACUUUAACCUCCGUGUUUUAUGACCUUAUUUAAGCGCAAUAUAUCACAUUUGCCUUAUCAUUCUUAGUGGCCUUUAACAGUGCAGUUUGUACUUUUUCAACCGCUCAAACCCACAACACUACCAUACUCUACCAUGGCUCUACCAUUUGUCCUGAAGCGAGGUCUCUCCACAUCCUCCGCAAUGAACGCAGUAAUUAAAAACGUAACCAUAGUCGGAGGCGGCUUGAUGGGCUCCGGAAUCGCCCAAGUAGCAGCUCAAACCGGCCACAACGUCACCCUCGUCGAAGUCAACCCCGACUUGAUCAAAAAAGCCGAAGACAACAUCGUCAAAUCUCUAGCCCGCGUUGCCAAAAAGCAGUUCAAGGAUGACCCCGAAGGUGGUAAAAAAUUCAUCGCGGAGUCCCAAAGCCGCAUCAAAGGCACCACCGACAUCGCCGAGGCCGUCAAAGACAGCGACCUUGUGGUCGAAGCCAUCGUGGAAAACAUGGAAAUCAAACACAAGUUUUUCAAGACGUUGGACGAAGUGGCCCCCGCUAAGACCAUGUUCGCGUCCAACACCAGCUCGCUGUCGAUCGGGGAGAUCGCGUCGGUGACGAAGAGGAAGGACCGGUUCGGGGGGCUGCAUUUCUUCAACCCCGUGCCGGUGAUGAAGCUGUUGGAGGUGGUGCGGAUUCCCGAGACGUCCGAGGAGACGUACCAGGCGUUCAUGGCGUGGGGGAAGGCCAUUGGCAAGACUUGCGUCACGUGCAAGGACACGCCUGGGUUCAUCGUGAACAGGCUGUUGGUGCCGUAUGUGGCGGAGGCGAUUCGUAUGAUGGAAAGAGGAGACGCUUCUCCUCGCGACAUUGACACCGCCAUGAAGUUGGGUGCGGGGUACCCGAUGGGACCGAUUGAAUUGUCUGAUUAUGUGGGGCACGACACUUCCCACUCGAUUUUGCAGGGCUGGCACAAGAAAUUCCCCGAUAAUCCGCUUUUCGUGCCAAACGAGUCGGUCGAUAAACUUGUGAAAGAGAAGAAGCUGGGGCUUAAGACUGGCGAAGGGUUUUAUAAAUAUACUAAAUAAGCUCCAAACUGUAUUACUUUAUUUUUACACUUUAUACAAAUAAAAAUUUUUACUGUGUA